AGAUCUUAACAUAAUAUGUUAUAUAUGGUGCAGAUCAUCCCUGGAUGAGAGUGGAUGGAGAUGCAUCUGAUAAGCCUCUUGAUAUUGCUGUUUUAUCCAGAAUGAAACAAUUCCGAGCAAUGAACAAACUAAAAAAAGUAGCCCUGAAGGUUAUUGCUGAAAAUCUUUCUGAAGAAGAAAUUAUCGGCUUGAAGGAAAUGUUCAAAUCCAUGGAUACAGAUAACAGUGGAACAAUCACAUUUGAGGAGUUGAAAGCUGGUCUCCCAAAACUGGGUAGUAAACUUUCUGAGUCCGAAGUAAGGCAGUUGAUGGAAGCGGCUGAUGUAGAUGGAAAUGGAACCAUUGAUUACAUUGAAUUUAUAACUGCUACCAUGCACAUGAAUAGAAUGGAAAGAGAGGAUCAUCUAUAUAAAGCCUUUGAAUAUUUUGACGAUGAUAAGAGCGGUUACAUCACAAUGGAAGAGUUGGAAUCUGCCCUCAAGAAGUACAACAUGGGUGAUGAGAAAACAAUAAAGGAGAUCAUUGCUGAAGUUGAUACUGACAAUGAUGGAAGAAUUAACUAUGAUGAGUUUGUAGCAAUGAUGAGGAAAGGCAACCCAGACAUAAACCACAUAACCCAAAGACGUCGCAAAUAAGUUCUGCAUUACUUUGUUGAGAUCAGAGUCUUUACUCGUUUUAGUAUUGCGGCCUGCUAUUUGACUGGGCACUUACAUGAUAUUUGUGGGUCUAGUUGCACCAGUUUUUUUCCCUACUGCUCGAGCAGACAUGAAUGUGUUUUCUAUUUUGUACAAAUCCAAGAAAAAACAGAUCCAACUUUUUUCUGUAGUGAGUUUAAGAAUGUGCGAUUUAGUUUCUCUUGGUUUACGCUGAGUGCUAACUUUGUAUACCAGAUAGAUCCUACGGAGACCUAUUCGUCUUAUGAAUAAAGUAAUCUCAGAAUGUGGAUAUGUCCCAAGGGCA